GAGUGGUUGAGUCUAGUAGAGUCGUAACAUCAACGAUGUACCAUCUAUUCCGACAAGCACAAGUGCAAAGAUUUAAUAAAGAGUGCGGGUUCUUGUAGCGAGCAACGAAAGCGACUCGUCGUAGUCGCUGGAAAUUUGUUGCUUGUUUAGAAACGAUAAGUGUAUGCACAUCGUGAAAAUGUGAAACAAGGAGCCGCAUUUCAUUAAUAGUGAGUGAAAGAAAGAGCGUUAGAAAGGAAGAAGGGAAGAUAGUAGCUAUAUCAAUCCUUCAAAGAAAGACAAAAGGAGACGAGGAGGGAAGAAGCAUCGUGAUUUCGGAAUAUCGAUGGACGGAACAGUGAGAAGCUUGCAGCGACGAACAGAUACACAAGGAGGGAUGUCCCGCAACAAUGGCCCUGGUCUUUACGAGUUUCUUAUGGAAGCCGAGUUACAGCAAUAUUAUCCCGGCAUUCGAGGGGACUUGAAAGUGCAAACAACAGCACAAUUAAAAUAUGUAACCGAAGAAGAUCUGAACGCGAUAGGAAUGAGCAAGCCGGAGAUGCGUCGUUUAAAGAAAUAUUUCCAGAAACAUUUCCCUCAGAAUUAUCUCUCCAAGUUUAAGAAAAUGCUCCUACCGAAACGCGAGGAGCAGACUCCCAGCGCGUUGGGUAUAUUGCCGGAAGAGAGGCAAGACAGAUCGUCAAUUCGCGUGCCUAAUAAACAUAUGAUUCCGGCCGAUGCGAUAAUCGUGAACAAAGAACUGGGAACCGGAGAAUUCGGGGUCGUGCAGCAAGGCGUGUGGACGAAUGACGGAGAGAGAAUACAGGUGGCGAUCAAAUGUCUGUCGCGCGAGAGAAUGCAGAACAAUCCCAUAGAGUUUUUGAAAGAGGCUGCGAUAAUGCACGCGAUUGAUCACGAACACAUUGUGCGAUUGUACGGCGUCGUGCUCGAUACGAAUUCGCUGAUGCUCGUCACGGAAUUGGCACCGUUGCGCUCGUUACUGGAAUGUCUGAAGGAGCCUAGUUUGCGCGCGAGUUUCCCGGUUCUGUCGCUGUGCGACUUUGCUGUGCAGAUCGCUGAUGGAAUGCAAUAUCUGGAGGCGAAAAGAUUGAUACAUCGCGAUCUCGCCGCCAGAAACAUCCUAGUAUUUUCUAAGAACAAAGUCAAAAUCUCAGAUUUCGGCUUGUCGCGCGCGCUCGGAGUAGGUAAAGAUUAUUAUCAGACGAAUUUCAAUGUCAAUCUGAAGUUACCUAUCGCAUGGUGCGCGCCCGAAUGUAUAUCUUAUCUAAAAUUUACAUCGGCUAGCGACGUCUGGGCGUACGGAGUGACGUUAUGGGAAAUGUUCAGUUAUGGGUUUCAACCCUGGGCGGCUUUGACCGGUCAUCAGAUCCUCGAAGCGAUAGAUGAGCCCAACUUCCAGAGGCUGGAGCAACCCGAGUGUUGUCCGAAGGACUAUUUUUCCCUCAUGCAACAAUGUUGGCAGCACGAACCUUCGAAAAGACCCAAGUUUUCCGAACUGAUCAACUUGUUGCCCGAUCUAAAACCAGAGCAGGUGCAAGCAGUCCAAGAUAGCAAUGAAUCAGGUCAACUCGUUUAUAGACAAAGCGACGUAAUUACCGUUCUGGAUAAGGGUAGCAAUAACACUUUGUGGAAAGGUGUUUUGAACAAUGGCAAAACGGGAUUUUUCAAUCCGGCUCAUACUAUCGCGUAUCUCGGCUCUAAUUUACCCAGCAACAAACCCGGUGAAUUUACGAGAGGGGACGGUAAAAACGCAUUCUCCUCGCAGCGUAGAAAAAUACGCACGGAUAUGAUAUCCUCGCCACAGGGUGAUCUCAAGCAUACCGGUCAUGUGGGUCUGGAUGGGGCUUACUUCGGUGACAUUAGCUUUCUGGGUGGAAAAUAUCCCCAUUUGCCACGUCAGGUUGUAACGCCGUACAAACCGCAGGAGGAUGCGACUGACAGUGCUAGUCAAAUUCCAAACCGAGAUACAAGAAAUGUCGAUGUAAACAGGGAAUCGGCAGGAGAGAAUAGAAACGUGCAACAACAAGAGACGCAAAGCAAACACGAGAGUUUAUGGUCUGAUACAAGUUCGGAGAUAUGCCACGUCACUACGGAAGGCAAUGGGAACAAGCAAUCUAUGACAUCUAAUAUAGGUAGUUGUGCUAAUAUCCUCGGAACUGAUCAUGAAUACCAUGAAAUCAGCGACGAAGAGAACCAAGAGAGUCCGUUAAGAUUUGAUAAAACGUUAAACUUUGAUUUUGGUCCGAGUCUUUUGGCGGAAAUGGAUCAGAUGUUUAGAUCACUAGGUUCUUCUCCUCCUUUACCGCCACCUGGACAUCCUUUGUCCACUGAACAUGAGUCAAGUAACGCGAGAAACGAACUGAGAGAAAUUCAAGCAAAACAGUGUAACAAGAAGAAACAAGCCACCGUGAGUCCAAUAAAUGUGAAGCCUAUCUCAGCUGCUGAUCAGAAAACUCUCUACUCAGCUAUUGCUAUGGCACAGGAAUUGACAGCACGUUCCAUGACAGAUCUUGAACAUCCACCGGAGUCUCCCCGAACACCUGCCAGUCCUUCAAGACGCAGGAAAUUCUCUUUUAAGUUGCCACAUCAACACAGUCCCAAAUCAGACAGGCGACAUUAUUCCGAGGAAGCUGCCAGUAUACCUGAUUUCCAGGCCACUUUGUCGGACGAAGCUAAGGAAGUGUACAACAGCUUGGUGGAGACGCCAAUAAUGGAGAGCACCGGGGACACGAAUCCGUUGCGCAUGUUGCGCUCCGGACUGCCUAUAGUGAGGCCUAGAGUUCGCGGCAACAAGCAUACCACCUUUGGCCAUUCCGUAUCGUCACAUUCGGAGGACACAUCUAGCGAGCAUAAUUUCCACUUCGAUAUGCACUAUAGCGGCGCAAGAACACUGCCCAAGAUACGGGCGGCCCCUCCUUCCCACGCGACUUUGUCUUUGCCGCAAUCGCGCAUUCUCGAGAAGCAUCAUUCGAACUUGGAGAUCGAGAACAAUCAAAACGAGAGCAAUAUCGACGAAAACCCGAUACCUCUGCCGCCCAGAGACCGUUCUAAGACGCUUCAGCCCAAGUCCAGCUUGCCGCGACAUCAGAGAAAACAUCCGCUAAUCAUUCCUGGCGGCGGUGUCACCAGAACGCUGGCCAAGAUGGCGGUCUCCACAUCGUCCGUAGAAGAUCAAGUAGACGGGCAGAUUGUAUUGCAGAAUGCCAAUUCAUCGAUCGCUGGAACCUUGUUGCAAGACAACUAUUGCUCGGACGUUUUUGCUAACAGCCCAGAGGAAUUCGAGCAACGCAUAGAUUCUGAGUUAGCCGCAUUAGAUUCUUUAUCGAUCGAGGAAAGUCGACUUCGACGAUGCAGUGUGAUAUCGGAAGAUCUGCUGGAAUUCUCGGACAGCUUAAUUGACUGCGACGACGCGUCAGAUCUGCAUCAAAAUGUCACGAAAGUAAACAAUGAUGGGCAAUCGAAUAAUUCGUUAACUAUGACAGACAAUGUACGUAGAAAAAUCAGCGUCGAAUCAAAAAGCUCCGCGAAGAGUUCGGCAUCGAAGAUACGAGAGAAUACAGAAGCGGAUCUUAACCAAAGUUCGACCAAUUCUAUUAGAGCAGAAGAUUGGAAAAAGAUUGAUCCUUUGACUACUGUGAUCCGAGGACAAAUUCCAUCCGCGAGGAUCCCAUUAAUACAACAGACUCCGUUGAAUUAUGCCACGCAAAUGGAUCACGUACACACAGAAGGAAUCUCUUGCAAACUCAAAACUAUCGAGGAACCAUUGGUACACAUUGGUUCGAACGAUUUUCACACGACUGUUCUUCCACAAGGCUAUCUUUCAUCCAACGAGAAAACAUCGAAUUGCAUCAGCGAUCUGUCGCGGCAGUCGGAUCAUGUCUCUUGUGAGGAUUUAUUGGAGUUUGCCUGCGACGGACCGAAUGCACGGAGGACGCGCGGACCACGCAACGGGGAGCAAUCCGACGAAGUGCGGAUAAUGCUGAAGGUGUUGCACGAACAGUCGACGCCGGAAUCGUGCAUCGCUGCGUUAAACGUCACCGAGUGGGAUGUUCUGGCCGCUAUUAAGUUGGAGCGGCUUCAAGGGCUUCUCAAGAAGGAGAAUAGUUUUGUCGGCCUUGAGGAUUGUAAAGUUAUGCUGAAUCAGUGCGGCGGUGACGUUGUUAAGGCUGCCGCGCUACUGCGAAGCACGGAAGACACUGCCGCGGUUUAAUGUGACUGGAUCGUAGACUUGAAAAAUACUCCGAUCGAAUUUUAAGCCAGUGAGGAUGAGGACGUACUUGAGGUUAGCAUAAUAGUAUAUCUUUCCUUUUUAUACAUUAUCGAUAGAAAAAUUUUGAUAUUAUAAAAAUUGAAUACAAAAAAUCAUUCGAAAUAAUAAAUGAUACAGAAGAUAUAAUGAUAUAUGGAAAUAUCAUGAAAUUUUUUAUAAAAUUGUAAAAGAAUUACAUUUGAUAUCGUGAAAUACUAAUCCGACUGUAUAAUCGUGUGUAAAAGAAAAAGUUUCAAAUCGUCAAGACGAUUUUGCGAUUUUUGCAAACGAAUAUAUGCAUGUUUGCGUACAUGUACACAAAAAUCGGGCAUUUUUUUCGGAUUACUGCUGAUAUUCUGUAAUAUAUCGCACUUUAUUAAAUAUAUCAAUUCUGGUCACAAACUGGCGCGCAUAAUCAAUCAGGCCAUUAUGUCGUUUUUUUUGUUUUUCUGUACACCUUUCUUCAGUGAUGGAUGUGCAGAUCAGGAAUGAAUAUGACAAUUUCACAAUAUUGAAAACAUUCUUUUGUUCUAAAUAUUCUUUCUCAUAAACUUAUCACACUCGAAAUGAACUUGAAUUAUGUGUGUCCAGCCUUUGACUCACGAAAGCGAUGACCAAAUUUCCAUUUUCAUUAAAAUAUGGGCUUUUUAACAUAUUGCGGCUUCUAUGUUGGAGUCUUAAAACUUUUUAAUUAGCCCACAUGCUUAGAGAAAGAGUCAAUGUUUCGAAAUUGAAUCUAUAGAGAUAUUUGGAGUAAAGUUCUCAAAUUGAUCGAGUAUUUGUAAGGAAAUGUUUAGCACACGUUUUUGAAUAUGAAUGAAGACCUAAGUACUGCACCAAGAUGGAGUCAUGUAUAACUAUGUAUACUUUCUUAAUGGUAAUUAAUUCUAAGGUUUCUAAGAUUUUUAACGAAUGUUUAUAAGAUUUUUUAUAUGUAUAAAAAUGUAGAUGAAUCGAACGAACAUUUAUUUAUUAUUUUAGUGUUAGAGCAAAAAUAGUAUUUGAUAUAUGAUUUACGUUAUCUAUUUAAAGAAAUGCAAGAUUAGAUGAUAAUAUUGAUCUGCAAAAUUAGAUAUUUUUUAAUUGACGAAGGAAAACUUUUUUAAAGUGUUUUUUCAAAAUUUGGUAUAACAUUUUAGGACUGGAUUUGUAUUUAAUGCAUGCAAAAACUAUUUUUCUUCCUUAUACAAUAAUCCUAUGCAGGAUAGUGUAAUUAGUAUAUCAGUGGAUCCUCGAUUUUACGGACUAAUGGGGAGGAACAGUGAUUCGAAAAAUCUGAUUAUCCGGAUUUUUCGAAGUUUAAUAUAAUUGGUGAGGCAACUAUUGUGUUAUCGUGUUACAGCUAAAAUAUACCAAUUGGUAGUGUGCUGCAAACACGGUUAAUCCAAUAAUACUACUGAGGUGCACUGGCUCUCUAUCUUAACCAAUAUAUACAUUGUCUAUCGGUUACUUUACGAAUUGCUAACGGGCCAUUCAAAUUUUGAACGGCUUUUUUCAAGUUUUAAAUAUUCUUGAAGUUCUCAGAUUUUGUCCGGAUUUUCCAAAAUCCGAUAUAAAUCGGGAUCCGUAAAAUCGAGAGUCUACUUGUACGACUUUAAAAAAUUAAUAAUAUGAACUUUUUGAUAAAUUCGAUAAAUAAGGCAACCUGUUUAUUGUAUUUUUUUUAUACAUCAAUAUAAUGUGAUAAUUCGCACAAUAAGAUAUCUCAAAAUUUGUAAUUUAAUAAGAAAACAAUACGUACACAU